UCCAGCAAAUUCUCUCGCAACAAUUGUGUUCAAGCAGUCGUUGCAGAUAGACGUUACUCUACCGAUCGUAUGAUUUUUUUUGUUACGGGUGAUUUUCCUUUCAACUUCCAACAGUUUCGCAGUUAUUUUCGGCCUGUUUAUCACCGUUAUCGUGACUACAAGAGCGGGUAUUUUGUUCAAUUUUUGAACCAUUGAGUGAAACUAGACGGUUUACUUCGGGGAAAAGGUGAGCCUUUGAGUGUUUGGUCUAAUCCGAGUUUUCGAAUUCGGUGCAAGUGAAUAGAAUUUGAUUAAUUUAAUGGUGGUUACUGGAAGCAGUCAAGGAAUAUUUCUUGCGUAGUGAAUUUCUAUGUACAAAGCGAACGGGCUUUUUGGUAUCAAAAUAUUCGGCGUUUGACCAUUUUUAUUGCUGGCCAAUCAGUGGUGAAUCCUAAAUUGUUUUUCUCAUCAAGCGACAGCAUUCGAGCGGAUAAAGUGGAUUACCGAAAGAGAAAUUUUGUUCGUGAAGAAACAACAAAAAGUGGAAACGUAAUCAAAAAAGAGGUGCUGAUUUAGCUUUGUGAAGGUCUUUCGAGUGAAUUUCUGUGGAGUGUUCAAGAAUUUACUACUGUUGCUGCUGCUGGUUGGCUAGAUCUGGAUUGCGAGAGCGAGAGAACCUCCAUCAACCAGCGGAGAAAUUGCUAAGCUGUCAAAAUGAAUAAAUCCUGUGCCCGGUGCCAGAAGGUGGUUUAUCCCAUCGAGGAGCUUAAGUGCUUGGAUAAGACGUGGCACAAAACAUGCUUCAAAUGUCACGAGUGCGGCAUGACAUUGAACAUGAAGACAUACAAAGGUUUCAACAAACUUCCGUACUGCGAAGCACACAUUCCAAAAGCCAAAGCUACCACAAUUGCAGAAACUCCGGAACUAAAGAGGAUAGCAGAAAAUACUAAAAUUCAGUCCAACGUCAAAUAUCAUGCAGACUUUGAAAAACAGAAAGGGAAGGUUACACAGGUCGCUGACGAUCCCGAAACACUGCGAAUCAAGCAAAACACGAAAAACAUCUCCAACGUUGCCUACCACGGUGACUUACAGAAGAAAGCUGCCAUGGAAAGACAAAGAGAAUGUACAGAAAUUAUCGAUAGUAAAGACAACAACGAGCUGGAAUCGGAAUACUUUUCCGAGCAAUUGGCCGCCGAAUCACUGCCCCAUUACCAACCACCUCCUCCACCGCCGGUUGUGGCACCAGCAUCACAUUCACUGUCACAAACCGGCAUGACCGGAUCAUCGUCUUCGUUGUCCUCUGUGGGUCAUAGCGCAACAGCCUCCGCCAAUCCGACUGCUGCUGUUUCCCAGCAAGCACAAAUCACACCGACCUCGACGCUUACCAAGCACAAUCUGAGCAAUCUAAAUCAGAGCCAGAACAACUACCAAUCAUCACAAGCGUACCAAGCGAACAAUAAUUACAGCAAAGUGGCAUACGGUGGCGUUUCGACACCGGCACAGGCUUACCAACAGGCUCCUCCCCAGCAGCAGCCGAACCAUUACCAUCACAAUAGUAAUAGCAGCAGCAAUAGUAGCACACAUACCAACGAUGUGGUACGUCAAACCGUGUUGCAAAGCUCCCAAGCUCCCUCGGGAGUUAUGGGAAAUAAUCAAAAAUACUACGACCAGUACGAUAACUACGCUAGACCAAAUCCGAACGCCACCAUGGUGAACAAUAACAAUAACUACAACAGUCACUAUCACCACAGUCAGCAGGCGGGUGUUGGCGGGGGUGGCGGUGGCGGCAAUGAACGAAGCAAUGGUGCUACUCAUAAUUAUCACCACAUGCAGCAGCAACAACAACACCAGCAACAUCAUCACACACAACACCACCAGCAAGGUGAUGGUGGCUAUACUCAUUCCCAGCAACCACAACAACAACAACAUCAACGCUACAAUGGACAUCAGCAACAGUACGCACAACAGCAGCAACAACAACAGCAAUAUCAGUACAAUAACGGUAAUGUUGUGAACAAUGGCGGCAACAUUGGAAAGAUUGCCGAUUACGAUCCCUUGACCGACGGUCCGAGGAACAUUCCGCAACCGAACCGGCAGAGUGCGACACUGAUCUUCAGCUCCGGAAACUUGAACGCAAACAACAAUCGACGAAUCGGUUCCGUUAACGAUAUCGAUCCGGUGAAUGGCUAUUACGGCUCAGUUGCGACGGAAACACAACAACAGCAACAGCACAAUGCCAUCUACCACCAGCAGCAAGCUGCUCUCCAGCAUCACCAACAGCAACAACAACAAUUGUACCAACAGCAACAACAACAACAGCUGCAACAAAACAAUAUAAGACAAUCGCAACUUCAGCAGCAGCAACAACAACAACAACCGCAGUCUCAAUACAUUCAACCGCCUCAGCAAUUUGGUGCUCCAACGUCAACGCCGAUUUCCAAACCGAUGGGAAAAGUGCGCGUGUACAGAGCCCUGUACGACUACGAAGCGCAGGACAGCGACGAGGUUGGUUUCACAGAGGGUGAUCUGAUCAUCGAGGUGAACUCUAUCGAUUCCGGCUGGAUGACGGGACGAGUUGAGCGAACAGGCAUCACCGGUAUGCUGCCGGCGAAUUACGUCGAACUGGUGAAGAUCUAAGCUCGCCUUGUGCGAUGUGUUUGACGCACAGGACCGAGCUAUGGGUUCCACCGACCAACACGAUCGAGGGCAAGCUGGAUCCAGUUUGAAUGUGAGCGCAAAUUUGUGAAAAAAGAAAUCGCGAGGAAAUAUUACCAUUCUUAUAGUUUUCUCGUUUAGUGUAAAAAGAGAAUGAUCUAAUUUAAAAUGCUAUACAACUACUUUACGAUACGAUAGUGGGGAAAAUUGCGAGCAGCAUAUGUUUUUAAUUUUAUUUUCUUGUUAUUAUUUUGAUAUUCGCGUUAUUCUCUUGGUCAUUCAGAUAGAGUCAUUCAGCAAAAGGUGCUGAGCUAACUUUAGUGAAUAAUGUGGCAGUCUAUUUUUGUUGUUGAAAUAAAUAAAUAAAAAAACUAAUUUUUCAGCAUUUACUGAAACUGUAAACAUUCGCAGCCUAUAAUUGUAUUCUUACAACCAAUAAAUAAGAAUCGAAUCGCAUAGCACUAGAACAUCUGAUACAUACUAUAACAUUCGACUGGUGUAACCUACAGGAGACUAAGUAGAAUCGUGCCUUUGUUCAAUAAUGUAACCCCUUUUGGAUGCAAUUUUUCAUAGUAUCAUAUACAAUGUCUUUUACACGCGAGAGGUCGUAAUCAAAAUUACUCAUCUAAUAUAGUGAAUGAGCUUCCGUUUGUUGUAUACAGAUUCUGUGAUAGAUGAAUGUGUAUUCGAGAAAAUAUUUCGGCCUAUUUUCUUCUGUUCAAAAUUUACCAACACACCCAUAAACAAAUAAAUAAUCAAUCCAACUAAAAACAGUUACAAUUUUGGUAUUUUAAAUCAACAAUGUGUCGUCAUAUUUCAGCGAGAUGUUUCGACAACAAUUUACCCUAGUAACCGAAAAAUACCGAAAUAAAACGUAUUAGUGAUAGACUCCACAAUAUGGCAACACGCAAGUUUACUACGUACAUUUACACAUGAAUAUAUUUUACCCCUUUUCAAGCAAAUUAAUUUAUAACAUGAACCCAAGUCAAUAAGCAACACAUAUACAAGUGCUACUGUUAGGUAAUAAAAAAAUGAAAUGUUAUAACGCUAGAACUAGAGAUGGAGAGAAAAACAAAGAGCGAAAAUCAAAUUUUAAAUGUCAA